AUGAGCGCGCGCUCCUCGCGGCGGUAUCGCGCGGGUUCGAGUGAACUCCUGUCAGCUCGCCGCACCGGCACCGAGCCCUCCAUCAAGGUGGAGGCGGUCCCGGAGGAGGCCGCCGGCUCGAGCUGUGACGUCGUCGACGUCCGCGCACAGCACAAGUAUAGCCAGCUGUACCGCAGCGGCAGCUACCGGCGUCCGGGCGCGGUGGCGCGGGCGCAGGCGCGCUGCGCUAGCUGCGUCGAGCUCCCGCUCGAGGAGGAGCUCUCGGAGGCCGAGAGCUCCAAGCUCGACGCACUCCGCGCGUCGGUGCUGUCUGCGCUGCAGCUGGAGGCGCUGCCGCCCGACUGGCGGAAGUCCUUCCUGAUGCGGUACCGGCUGGUGACGUACCUGCGCGCCGAUCGGGGAGACGUCAAGAAGGCCACGGCGCGCGUGGUCGCGUGCAUCGACUUUUGCGGCGAGAUGUGGACAAAGGCCUUUGCGUGGGAGGCGCAGCCCGAGGCGCUCAAGAACCUGUACGACGAGCACAUGGCGUGGGGCGCGCACGGGUUCGACCGUCGGGGCUGCUCCGUCUUCUGCUACCGGCUGGGCAACGUCGACGUCGGCGGCCUCGUCCGCGAG